AUGGACCUCAUUAGCAAAAUCUAUCCAGCCAGUAGCAAGCAAGAAUGUUUUAUCGUAGUGGCUACUGAUUAUUUCACUAAAUGGGUAGAAGCCAAGCUAGUCAAGUCCACCACAUCUCAAGAGAUCAUCACCUUCAUAGAAGAACAGAUUGUGCAGAGAUUUGGCAUACUAGAAUCAAUCACCACCGACGGGGGAAGUUCCUUCGUAUCCAGAGAAGUGCUAGAUAUGACAGAAGCAUUCAAGAAAAUGCUUGAGGAAAAUCCAAGGCAAUGGCAUGAAAAACUGUCAGAAACUUUGUGGGCCUAUAGAAUUUCAAAAAGAGAAGCAACUGGCAUGACUCCAUAUGCUUUGACUUAUGGACAUGAUGCAAUUCUGCCCAUGGAAAUCGCAGUUCAGUCCAUCAGAAUUGCCCAACAACACAAUUUGGUUGGGGAAGACUAUUCGCAGGCAAUGUUGUUGGAAUUGGAGGGAAUGGAUGCAAGCAGAAUUGAUACCCUCAACAAACUCUUGGCAGGAAAACAGAUUGUGGCGAGAGCCUAUAACAAGAGGGAGUGGAUUCGCUGUCCCCAAAUUGGUGUCCCCUUCAUGUCCUCUCUCUAA